UGACGUAAGGUUUCAGGAAUAAGGAAGUGCCCGUUGCUCAAGCUCAGCGCACACUUUCGAAGCUGUAAACGUGUUUAAUCGACAUGGAUGGAAAAUACCCGCAUUACCAGUUUAAAAGAAAGAAAUCCACAGUCGAAAUGCUCCAGUCGGAAGCAUCUUCCCGGGACACAGAGAAGAGGCUUCAGCCGACACUGUUCCCCCCCUUCUCCUGUCCACGGUCAGUGGUCCAUGCAGCAGCGUGGUGGAACGGAGAGCAGCUGCCUGCUGUGGAGAGUCUGUGGGCGUUUACACUGAGGUCUUCUCUGUCGUACCUGGAGGAGCAGCACUGGGACCCGGUUCCUGACCUUCCACUUCCAGCUGCAUUGGGACCUGCAGCACUGCAGUUUGCUGACCAGCGGGGGUGUGACCUUAGAGAAGAGGUGGCUCCCCUCCCUGAACCCGCUCCACCUUCUCCAAGAACUAUGUCCAGUCCAGAUCCUCUCAGACUUGGCUCCUCCCAGCAGUAUCUCUCAGUACAGACCGAACCGGCACCGCACACCUCUGACACACUGCUGUCCUCUCACGGGAGACAAAGGCAUGAUGGCAGAACAGCAUCACUCACCAAAAGACAGUGGGUGCCCCCCCUCAGCCGAGAGGAGGCAGUGUCACUAGCAAGAUACUCAAGUGUUGGGGGAAGAGAGCAAGUUGAAGAGGCUGGUCCAUUCAAAAGACAGCUUCUCACAAACCAGGUGAAGGACAGUAAAGAUAAAGGGGAGGUGGUGAAGGAGAAAGACGAGGAGCUGGGGAGUGUCAGAGGAGAUGUAGGGGCAGUAGCAGGCGGAGGAAGGCUGCAGAGCUGCCCUAUGUGCCUGCUGGUGUUUCCUGUUGGAUUCACCCAGAUGGACUGUGACGGCCACCUGGCCCAGUGUCUGUCGCAGAGGAACGUGGACGUGACCUGGUGAGGCCACAGGUGGCCACGCUGGCCGCCGUCCAGGAGCUCCAAGCAGCCCAGACCUGUAUCCCAUGCUCUCCAGGAUCACAUUGUAUGGCGAACACACCCAGAGAGGAGCUCCCACAGGGAGCGCUCACUAUUCAGAGAGGGUCUGAAAGCUUACACUGGCUGCUCACUGACAGCAGCACUCCUGCUGGAUAAAAAACUGAUGUACUUUUUUUUUUUUUUAUCAUUUUGCACCAGAUGUACUUUUUAAAAGCUGUAAUCUUCUCUCAGAGAGCCCUGCUGUCAUAUUUCAAUUAAUCCCCUUGAGGUACCAGAUCCCUGUAGAUUUGGCUCCACCUGAGUGUUGUCCACUUGGCCUCUGGUGCUUUCGGCUCCAGCUGGUCGAGUGGAUCUCCGAACUAAAAUGACAGUUUAACCUGCCUCAUCCUCUGAACCAGGCCACAUCCUCCUCAGAGAGCUGCUGUCAUUAAAAUACACUGGACUGAUCCUGUUGUUGAGAUGGUUUCUAAAUGCUGUUGCGAAGUGUACAGAGAACAGAGCUGUAGUAGGAACAUAGUUCCAACCUUUGCUCCGCAUGAAGACGCAGGUGGAGGCCUUGCAAACAUCUCCACAGCUCGUUCAAUGCUGGACCAUGUGCAGCCUCUUUCAGUCCCGGUGUCACAGUGAGCUGGUCGUUAAUGUUUGUAUGUGUCAGUACCCAUGUUCAUCUGUGACCUUUAGAGCUGACCCCCCACCGCCUUUUUUACUGAGCUAUGCUUAACCCAUCCCGACUCCAGCUCUGAAGUGACAGACUGAUUCUCUGACCUUCUCAUCCCGCUCUCAGAAAAUAUGUUGAACUUUUGAAUGAGUUGAAAUGAUAUUUAAAAAAACAUUUGAACUGAAUCACAAAUGAUCUCUGAGGAGUUCUGGCUCGUCUUCACCACCCAAAACAUUCAUGUUAUUGCAUCUGAAAAACAAAACAAAAAAACAUUCACACAAAGCGUGAAUUCUAAUCUAAAAUAAAUUCAAAGUAAUCCUUCA